ACUGCGAUGUCAGUGGAUUGCCUGGGACAGCAUGCAGUGCUCUCAGGCCGCCGUUUCCUCUACAUAGUCAACCUGGACGCACCAAAUGAGGGGCACCGAAAGAUCUCCCGACAGAGCAAGUGGGACAUAGGGGCAGUGCAGUGGAACCCGCAUGACAGCUAUGCAUACUACUUUGCAGCUUCAAGCAAUCAGCGUGUUGACCUGUAUAAGUGGAAGGAAGGGAAUGGGGAAGUUUGCACGUCACUGCAAGGACACACACGUGUCAUCAGUGACCUGGACUGGGCAGUGUUUGAGCCAGACCUGCUGGUCACCAGUUCUGUUGACACAUACAUCUACGUCUGGGACAUCAAAGACACCAGGAAGCCUACAGUCUCGCUCUCUGCGGUUGCUGGAGCUUCCCAGGUGAAAUGGAACAAGAAAAAUGCCAACUGUUUAGCAACAAGCCAUGAUGGGGAUGUCCGAAUAUGGGACAAAAGGAAACCCAGCACUGCAGUAGAGUAUUUGGCAGCUCAUCUCUCUAAAAUCCAUGGUCUGGAUUGGCAUCCUGACAAUGAGUAUACACUGGCCACUUCAAGCCAGGACAACUCUGUCAGGUUCUGGGAUUACCGUCAGCCUCGGAAAUACCUUAAUAUCCUUCCCUGCCAGGUUCCUGUCUGGAAGGCAAGAUACACGCCUUUCAGCAAUGGGCUGGUGACAGUGAUGGUCCCCCAGCUCCGCCGGGAGAACAGUCUCCUUCUGUGGAAUGUCUUCGACUUGAACACACCUGUCCACACCUUUGUGGGACAUGAUGAUGUGGUGCUGGAAUUUCAGUGGAGGAAGCAGAAAGAAGGUUCUAAAGACUACCAGCUGGUUACGUGGUCCCGUGAUCAGACUCUGCGUAUGUGGCGGAUUGACUCUCAGCUGCAGAGGCUGUGUGCUAAUGAUAUCCUGGAUGGAGUCGAGGACCUCAUCGAUGGGAUUUCCCAUCUGCCAGAGCCAGACAAGACCCUUCACCCCCAGGACUCGGAGCCUCAGCAUAACUCUGGACAUGGGGAUGAGGAAGCCUUAAAAGAAGAUUUCCUGAGUGACCCACUGGUGGGAAAGAAAACAGAUCAACUGGGGCUGCCCCAAACACUGCAGCAGGAGUUCUCGCUAAUCAACGUCCAAAUCCGAAAUGUCAAUGUGGAGAUGGAUGCAGUGAGUCGUAGCUGUACGGUGUCAGUGCACUGCGGCAACCACAGAGUCAGGAUGCUGGUGAUGUUCCCUGUCCAGUAUCCCAAUAAUGCUGCACCAUCCUUCCAGUUCAUCAACCCAACUUCAAUCACUGCCUCCAUGAAAGCAAAGCUGCUGAAGAUACUGAAAGACACUUCUCUGCAGAAAGUGAAGCGGAACCAGAGUUGCCUGGAGCCCUGCCUGCGUCAACUGGUCUCCUGGCUGGAGUCUGUUGUGAACCAAGAGGACAGCACAUCCAGCAAUCCCUAUGCUUUGGCGAACUCUGUAACACCCCCCUUGCCCACAUUCGCCCGGGUCUCCAAUGCCUAUGGCUCAUACCAGGACUCUAACAUCCCAUUUCCACGGACUUCUGGAGCCAGGUUCUGUGGUGCAGGGUACCUGGUAUAUUUCACAAGACCCAUGACCAUGCACCGUGCUGUGUCCCCUAUGGAGCCCACACCCAGGUCCCUGUCAGCUUUAUCAGCAUACCAUAGUGGCCUCAUUACUCCAAUGAAGAUCCGCACAGAAACUCCAGGCAAUCUGCGUUUGUACAGUGGGAGUCCAACACGCAGCGAGAAGGAGCAGGUCUCCAUCAGCUCCUUCUACUACAAAGAGAGGAAAUCAAGGAGGUGGAAAAGCAAACGAGAGGGGACAGAUGCCAACAACCGACCCAUUAAAGCUGCCGGGAAAGUUAUUAUCCAAGAUAUUUCCUGCUUGCUGCCUGUCCACAAGCUGCUGGGAGAGCUCUACAUACUGAAUGUGAAUAAUAUCCAGGAGACUUGCCAGAAGAAUGCUGCCUCAGCCCUGGCUGUGGGACGGAGGGAUCUCGUACAGGUUUGGUCACUGGCCAUGGUAGCCACUGAUCUCUGUCUUGGACCAAAGUCUGACCCAGAUUUGGAGAUACCUUGGGCACAACAUCCAUUUGGACGUCAAUUACUGGAAUCCCUGCUGGCUCAUUACUCACAGCUCCACGAUGUGCAGACUCUGGCCAUGCUGUGCAGCGUGUUUGAAGCCCAGUCUAGGCUGCAGGGGUGUCUAAACUCUGGCCCCUUUCCUCCUCGUGCCUCCAACCUGGCCUCCCACAGCCGAUACCCCAGCUUUACUUCCUCUGGCUCCUGUUCCAGCAUGUCAGAUCCUGGACUUGGCACGGGAGGCUGGAGCAUAGCAAACAAAGACACAGAGCAGGCCUCCACUCCCUGGUGUGAGUCUUCUCCGGAUGACUUCCGCUAUGGAAACCUAAUGUAUCCUGAUCAUCGGGAGCGUGAGAAAGACCAGCAUGAGAAGAACAAAAGGCUCCUGGAUCCUGCCAACACUCAGCAAUUUGAUGACUUUAAGAAGUGCUAUGGAGAAAUCCUUUACCGCUGGGGCCUGCGAGAGAAGCGGGCUGAGGUUCUCAAGUUUGUCUCUUGUCCUCCUGAUCCCCACAAAGGAAUUGAGUUCGGUGUGUACUGCAGCCACUGCCGCAGCGAGGUGCGCGGUACCCAGUGUGCCAUCUGCAAGGGCUUCACCUUCCAGUGCGCCAUCUGUCACGUGGCGGUGCGAGGCUCCUCCAAUUUCUGCCUGACAUGUGGACAUGGGGGCCACACCAGCCAUAUGAUGGAGUGGUUUCGCACCCAGGAGGUGUGCCCCACGGGCUGCGGGUGCCACUGCCUGCUUGAGAGUACCUUCUGA